GCCAGCGAGACAGAGAACAGGCCGAGCGCGCGGUGGAGCUCAUGAGCAAAGAAAACGCGUGUGCCUCGUCGUGCCGAUCGGGGAAGGCUGGUGUAAAAUCCGCAGAGCGAAAUAGUGGCCGUGCGUCCGUUCAGUCUUCGCGAAAGGGUGCAGAGCGCGUACAGGGUAGCUUCAAGACACACCCCACAAUGUCGAGAGCGGCGUUGAGAUGAACGGCUUGCGCGCUUCCACGUUAAUACGGAUGCGAAUCUAGCGUGCCGUGGUAACCCGUAGACACUGACAGUUGGAGUUUUACCGACCGAGGGUGCGGAUUAUUUAAACGUUUAUCGGUUGGUAACAAGUGCAUUUAUAUUUGAGGACUGGCCAAGAGGACGUUGUAUUCGGUGUAAUUUUUCCACAUUCUGUGUUAAGUUUAUUUAAUGGAAACGGGUCGUCGUUGGCCCGAUUUUGCGGGUAUCAUCAACGUUCAAGCUGGAACUCAUGGAAUUAGAAAAUAUAGUCGCGAAUACCGUGUAUCUAAAGGCGAGAGAGGGUGGCUCCGAUAGUAACAAGGGUAAAAGCAAAAAGUGGAGGAAAAUCUUGCAGUUUCCGCAUAUUUCGCAGUGUAUCGACCUGAUCAACAAAAUAGAUGUUCGAUAUGAGUACGUGGUGGAGCAGCAGCCGAUAGGGAAGCUGCUCUUCGAUCAAUUCUGCGAGGAGAAAGGGCCGGCUUACUUGCGUUGCCUCAGAUUCCUGGACGCGGCCAAGCGCUAUGAGGUCGAGACCGACGAGCAGCGCCAGGAAUUGGCCAAAGGCAUCAAAAAGGAGUUCCUGGUCGAGCACGAGGAACAGGAGACCAUCUACUUGCGCGAGAUGGGCCUCAUCUUCCCUCCUGGUGACAAGCUCACCAACGGGCACAAGGACCUGUUCGCGCCCUGCGUCCAAGCGGUCAAGGAGACCUUGGCCGGGGAGCCCUUCAAGGAAUUCACCACCACGAUGUACUUCCAUCGGUAUUUGCAGUGGAAAUGGCUCGAGUCACAGCCGGUCACGUACAAGACCUUUCGGAUGUACAGGGUGCUCGGGAAAGGGGGUUUCGGAGAAGUUUGCGCUUGUCAGGUACGGGCCACCGGUAAAAUGUACGCCUGCAAAAAGCUGGAGAAGAAGCGCAUAAAGAAGCGCAAAGGCGAGGCGAUGGUGCUCAUCGAGAAGCAGAUACUCCAGAGGAUCAAUUCGCGGUUCGUCGUCAGCUUGGCGUACGCGUACGAGACCAAAGACGCCCUGUGCCUGGUAUUGACCAUCAUGAACGGCGGCGAUCUCAAGUUCCACAUAUACAACAUGGGCGGCGAUCCGGGGCUCGAUCUGACGCGCGCCCGUUUCUACGCCGCCGAAGUGGUCUGCGGAUUGGACCAUCUGCACCAACAAGGCAUCGUUUAUAGAGACUGUAAACCGGAAAAUAUACUCCUAGAUGACGCCGGUCACGUGAGGAUCUCAGAUUUAGGCUUAGCUGUAGAUAUUCCAGAAGGCGAAUCGGUUAGAGGUAGAGUCGGAACAGUAGGCUAUAUGGCGCCCGAAGUGAUCGACAACGAACGGUACACGUUCAGUCCGGAUUGGUUCAGCUUCGGCUGUCUGCUGUACGAGAUGAUCGAGGGCCAGGCGCCGUUCAGGGCGCGCAAGGAGAAGGUGAAGCGCGAAGAGGUGGACAGGCGCGUGAAGAACGAGCAGGAGAAGUACUCGAACAAGUUCAGCGAGGACGCCAAAUCGCUGUGCCAACAGCUGCUGGCGAAGAGCCCGCUGGGCCGGCUGGGCGGCAAGGCGGGCCGAUCGGGCGCCGCUCUGGUCAAGCAGCACGCGUUCUUCCAGCCGCACAUCAACUGGAGGCGGUUGGAGGCCGGGAUGAUCGAUCCGCCGUUCGUGCCCGACCCGCACGCCGUGUACGCAAAGGACGUUUUAGAUAUCGAACAAUUUUCGACGGUUAAAGGUGUAAAUAUAGACGAAAGUGAUGCUAGUUUUUAUAAUAAAUUCAAUACGGGUUGUGUUUCGAUACCGUGGCAGACAGAAAUGAUCGAAACGGAUUGUUUUCGGCAGUUGAACGUUUUCGGACCAGGCAGUACGCGUUCGCCCGAUCUGGUUCUGCAACCGGCGGCUGUUUGUGAAAAUGAAGGCUGUUUUCCCUUUAGGCGAAAGAAAAAGCAACUUCCUAGGAGUCGUCCGAUACCCAUUAAUCCGACGCUAUUACCACAACUGACGUUCCAGCUGGCGGAGAGAUGAUUACCGGGCUAAGAGCCGUCUCGGCCGCAUCUAUUUUCAUCUCGCAUCCACGGCUUCGGUCCUCUUUGUUCGGCUGUUCGCGAUUAACAGGGAAAGGAUAUAUCGUCGGAGCGUGAUCGUUAAAUUCCCUAAUUUGAAAUAUUGGAAGUUUGCGUACGGUAUGAAAACGCUUAGAAUCUCUCUUGUACGCUUCAGUUUUUGGUAUCGCGUCGAAAGGGCCAUCGUGGUAGAUGAUAGUUGGAGAAACGUGCUAGGUUUAUUAUGCGGAGCGAAAUUAAUUUUUAGGUCUUCUAAUGAUUCGUAUUUGUACUUGUAAUCGAUUUAUUUUUGUUCGUAAUCGGUUCUGAAUGUAGAUUUCAUCUGCCCUGAUGGUGGGUCUUAAACGUUGUUCGUAACGACUAUUUUCUUUUGCACGAAUUAACCGCAAGUGUUUGAUUUUUUUUGGAGGAUAACGUGUGUUAUCGUUGAGCCGAAAAGGACCAAGCGCAAUUUAACAUUGAUAUUAAUCGGAUUUUUUUGGUGUAAUUUUUAAUUAGCUCAUCUGUGAUUUUCGAUCUGAAUUGGUGCUCAAAUUAUUUUAUAAAGCAUGAUUAUUAUUUUUAUAUACUUUGACGUGUACAAAGUUAAUUUGCGGGAAACGAAAUAGUCGCUGCGAAGGGUGUAAUGAAUUGUUUCAUUCCAAUCAUAAUUUUCUGUAUACAAUUUAUCUAGAAUUGAUGUAAUUUGACGAAACAAAAGACCAUUAUAUUGUUUAAUUU